GAGGGCGCGGCGCUGGCGGCGCCGAUGGAUGGGCACUGCGGGCCGGGCCAGGCCAUGGCGUUGCUGCUGUGCCUGGGCAUGACAGCGGCGCUGGCCCGGGGCUGCCUGCACUGUGACCCCAAAUUCUCGGAGAAGUUCUCCUUCUACCGCCACCACGUGAACCUUAAGUCCUGGUGGGUGGGCGACAUCCCCGUGUCGGGAGUGCUGCUCACCGAGUGGAGCCAGAACACGAUGAAGGAGCUACACCUGGCCAUCCCCGCCGAGAUCACCCGGGAGAAGCUGGAGCAAGUGGCAGGAGCCGUGUACCAGAGGAUGGACCAGCUGUACCAGGGGAAGAUGUACUUCCCAGGGUAUUUCCCCAAUGAGCUGCGGGCCAUCUUCCGGGAGCAAGUGCGCCUCAUCCAGAACGCCAUCAUAGAGAGCCGCAUCGACUGUCAGCGUCACUGUGGCAUCUUCCAGUAUGAGACCAUCUCCUGCAGUAACUGCACAGACUCGCACGUCAUCUGCUUUGGCUAUUACUGCAAGUCAUCGGCACAGUGGCAGUCAGCUGUCCAGGGUCUUCUGAGUUACAUACAUGCCUGGCACCAUCAGGAUGUAGGCAGGAGAACCAUCCCCGCCUUCCUUUCACCGACCAUAAAGUGUCUGGAACCGCCGCACCUGGCUAACCUGACCUUGGAAAACGCUUCUCAGUGUCUGACCCAGCACUGACCGUGGCUGCUGCCCCCAGCCUGGGCGGGGGCCAAGGACUCAACUGCACUGUCGUGGCCUGUUCCUCUGGGAGAGGCCAGCCGCUGCCUGCCUGGGGUCACCCCUGCGGAGCCCAGGCUGGGCCGGGGCAGGGGAGGGCUGGGAGAUGGGCUUGUGUAUAGAUAGCAGGGCCCCCAGGCAGGGCCCCCAGAGAUAAUUUGAUUAAAGUGCUCUCACAUUUCUCAGGAA